AUGUGGAAGUACGCUCUGCUGGUGAUGCUUGCCAGCGCUCAUGGGCUCCUCGAGGGACCCAAUGUGUGUACCAGACAGGAACAAUACGUGACAACUAUACGAGUGUCAGAACAACAACCAUACCAAGUGAAGGAAUACGCGUGGUGUCUCAACGUACCACCACGAUGUACGAAAUACAAAGUGAUGUUCCGCCAAGUGUAUAAAACCCAAACCCUGGUCAAACAUAGACCGGUAGAGGAAUGCUGUAAGGGCUAUGCGCCUGAUGUUCACGGGAAGCAGUGUGUGCCUGUGUGCGUGGACUCGUGUGUACACGGGAAGUGCGUCGCGCCUGACACAUGCCUGUGUGAGCAUGGAUACGGGGGUCCCGCUUGUGAUAUAUCCUGUCCAGAUGGCAAAUGGGGCAGACAUUGCCAGAACGAUUGUCGCUGUUUGAACGGCGGCACCUGUGAGCCCUUGACCGGCAAUUGCGCGUGCGCAAUGGGGUGGCGUGGGGACGCGUGUGAGAAGACUUGCGCACCGCCAACCUUUGGCGAUAAUUGCCAACAGACUUGCCAAUGCAGGAAUAAUGCAUCGUGUGACCCGGCGAGUGGCGCUUGCAAAUGUUUGAAUAGAUUUGUUGGACCACUUUGCGAAGAGGAAUGCCCCAAAGAUGGCCCAUGCCCCGAGCGGUGUAAGUGCCAAAAUGGGGGCAGAUGUGACAUCCUAACGGGAGAAUGCGAGUGUCCUGCUGGAUGGACCGGCGAUGUUUGUGCCAACAGAUGCCCAACGGGAAGAUGGGGAGAGAAAUGCCAGAAAACCUGCAGUUGUGCUAAUGGAGCUGGAUGCCAUCAUGUCACGGGACAGUGCCAGUGUGAGGCCGGCUUUACGGGGGAUAAGUGCCUAGAAGCGUGUUCGCUCGGCACGUACGGUGUGGACUGUGCGGGCACGUGCACGUGUCAGCACGGGGGUGAAUGUUCGCCCCGGGACGGCUCGUGCACGUGCAAGCCCGGUUGGAGGGGAGACUGGUGCGAGAGGCGCGCCUGCCCUGACGGUCUUUGGGGCUCACGCUGCGACCACCAGUGCGAGUGCAACCCACACACCACUGAUAUGUGUGACCCGUGGACCGGUGCCUGCGAAUGCGCAGCCGGUUGGGACGGUGAAGCUUGUUCGAGACAAUGCCCGUUCUAUAUGUACGGGAAAGGAUGCCGCUCUAAUUGCAGAUGCGAGAAUGGUGCCCUCUGUUCGCCUAUUAAUGGCUCCUGUCUUUGUCCGCCUGGCUACCGUGGCGUGCACUGUGGCGAGGCCUGUCCAUACCCACUGUACGGCGACAACUGUGCUGAUACUUGCCAGUGUAUGAACAACGCUACUUGUUCCCACGAAACGGGACAGUGUAACUGCCCACCCGGAUUUGAUGGACUGAAAUGUGAUAGACCGUGUGAUGGGAAAACCUUCGGUCUUGGUUGUCGUCAGCGCUGUGAAUGCGACAACGAUGCACCAUGCGAUCCUGUUACAGGUGAAUGUGUUUGCGGGCCGGGUUACGAAGGACCAAAAUGUUCGCGUCGCUGCCGUUCUGGUUUCUAUGGAGCGAAUUGCUCCCUCGAGUGUUCGUGCUCACCUCACUCGCGUGGAUGCCAUCACGUCACCGGACAGUGCAUUUGCGAGACUACUUGGCGAGGUGUGCGCUGCGAAACCCAAUGCCCCGAAGGCCGAUUCGGGGACCAAUGCAACGAGCGAUGUUCGUGCGCCAACAAUUCCUCGUGUGACGCGUCAACCGGGAGAUGCGUGUGCGCAGCCGGUUGGCAAGGAGAUACCUGUGACCAGCCCUGUCCGCCCGGACGUUAUGGCGUUGGUUGUGCCCAAUUGUGUCCUAUGCAACAGGAUGGCAACAUAACAUGCGAUCCCGUGACGGGCAAGUAUACGUGUCCCAGCGGGUUUACGGGCGUGGCGUGCGAGUAUCCGUGUCCGCUCGGAACGUACGGCCAAAACUGCGAACAGAAAUGUAUAUGCAAGAAUGGGGCAGACUGUCAUCAUGCUACAGGUGAAUGUCAAUGCCUUCCCGGCUGGCAAGGGCCCACGUGUGCCCAAGCUUGUGGGGCUGGGGCGUGGGGCGCAGGCUGCACUCAGCCGUGUCGCUGCGCAAGAGGUGCUGCCUGCAGGCCCAACGAUGGCUUUUGCCGGUGCCCUCCUGGCUUUACUGGAGCUCUUUGUACGCAGUUCUGUCCCGAGGGUUAUUUCGGUGACCACUGUAUGGAGCCAUGCAAUUGUUCGUCGGAAGGCAACUGGGUGUGUGACCCCGUGCACGGGUGCAUCUGCCACCGAGGCUACAUUGGGGACAAUUGCGACAUACAGGCCAGUGACGCUAUCAAGAUUGAACAUAGUGAGGAAGGUUCAAACAGUGGUGCAAUUGCUGCGAUGGUAGUAGUGUCGCUGCUGUGCGUGGGUGGGAUUGCUUUAGUUCUGCUGUACUAUCGGAAACGGGUGAGGUUGCUCAAGAGAGAGAUCGCUCACGUGCACUAUACAGCCGAUCCUAAUGUGCAGCCAGAACAACAGCACUUCGAUAACCCGGUAUAUUCGUAUAAUAACUCAACGCGUAGUGACGAUUCCACGACCUUACUCAACAAUACAAUCAUAAAUAACUUGGGGCCAGCGAAGCUGACCAACACCACCAUGGAGAAACUUCGUAUGACGGCUUCUGGGUCCAAUGGAACAUACGACACUAUGUCCCUCAAGAACAAAGACGCUGAUGCGACCAACCCCAACUUGUACCAUUGUAUAGAGGAUGACAAGUUGGACCACGUCUAUGAUGAGAUCAAGCAUAAAGAGGGUUAUGAGAGAGAAUACGACCACUUAAACUACACACCACCGUCGAACACCUUGAAGGCGCAUUACCAACGUAUGAACAACACUUUAACACCUCAAGCAGCCCCUACCCCAAAUAUGCCCCCUAACCCCAAUGUCCAAAUACCACCAAUACCACCUCUACCCAAAGCGCAUAUAACCCCGAUUCCCCUGCGCCGGGAAGAUGUCGAAGCCCCCCCUCCUCCAAAAAGGGAUGAUCAGUUCAGCGAUGACGAAGAAGCCACUAGUUAG